UCAACAGCUGCAGUGUGAACCGUGGGACGACUGGAACUGACCCUGCAGAGAGAGAGAAAGUUGUCUGUCACAAUGGUCUCCUACUCAGCCUUCUCGGUUAUCGUCUUGGGGGUCGUGGCCACCUUGACCUCUGCUCAACCAUAUGCUCCUCAACGACCGGUGCCAACCCCUUACCAGCCGAGUGCAGGUGCACAGAAGGUCUACUCAGGAUCUUAUGUGCCCCCUGCAACACCCUACAGCCAGUCCUACGCAGGCGGAGACUCCUAUGAGUAUCAAAAUGGAGGCUACAAGCAGCCUUACGGAGGAUACUCGUCCAAUUACAUCAAGUCAGCCUCGGUCCGUGUGUCGGAGGCAGAUGAAUUGGACAGACUGUUUGCCAUCAUUGACAUAAACAAAAACUUCCUAGACUUCGCUGCCGAAACCUUGGCGAACACAGACUCCCAGCAAAGUGUCCUGAAGAAGCAGGUGACACAGCUGACUGUCCUGGACCUGCCGGCCUUGGAGGAGCAGAACGUUGUCCUGGGCAAGAGGCUGGACGAUCUGGAGAAGAAGCUGGAUGACAUUGAUGCCCUUAUUGGCGACCUGAGGGCGAAUCUGGAUGAUCUGGAGUACCUGAACGCUGAGAACGCCAAGGACAUCAAGGACCUGGAGAUCGCUCUGGCCAACGAGCAGUACAUCGACUCCACUCAAGUGCGUGACAUCGCCUCGCUCCUGGCGGCCGUUCAGAACCUCAAGACCAAACUGAUCAGUGUGGAAACAAACCGGUUCACAGUCCUGGACAACGAAAUCCAAAAAGUGGUUGGUCUAUUCAAUUCUGCACGUGACCUGGAAACUUCCAGAAUGUGCGAGACUGGCGUCACCACACUGACUGCAGAUGACCGUCGUAACACUGUCGUGUUCAACACAGACUUCGGCGGGCAAGUUCCUCAGAUUGAAUACGGCAUUUCUGGUAUUAAGAGCCAAUUCGUAGGCGAGGAACCUUCCAAAUAUCCUCCAUACGGCAAGCCAUAUGAUCCCAAGUAUCCCCCGUAUGGCAAGCCAUAUGACCCCAAGUAUCCCCAGUACGACAAACCAUAUGACCCCAAGUAUCCCCAGUACGGCAAGCCAUAUGAUUCCAAAUAUCCCCCGUACGGCUCCUACAGCGAUCGCAAUCCGGGACUUCUGGGAGACCUUGUUGUCGCCUUGGCAACACCAGAGUCCAUCACCUUCGAACUGGUGGACGCGGCGUUCAAUGUCGCUAAGAGUGUGUCGCUGGAAGUGGCUUGGCAGGUGUGCUCCGUUGGGCCCGGCACCCGCCUCGCUAAAUACUGACCUCAUCACCUUCCGACUGAUUGCCUUUGACCACCCUGGGAUGACACGUAUGCCGAUAUAUUCGCAGAUUCUAUGAUGCUGUAAGCUGGGAAGUUUUGCAUGUACACUGAAGGUUAACAGGAGCAAUGUUGAUGGAGUGUUUGAAAAGAAAAGAUUAUGUACUAUCAAUGACAGCAGCCUAACUACAGAAUCGAUGACCGUUGAAGACGAAGAUUAAUAACACUUUGCUAGAAGCAUAAUAACCCGUACGAGAACUUUAAAGAAAAUAUUACUGUGGAUGUUAACAUUAGAAACUUUUUCACGCGAACAAAUCGAAAUUUCCACGACAGUUUUAUAUGAGAGAUCGCUGUAAGUGGCUUGCAUCUAUGCACUUCAGCAGCAAAAACCUACAGCUGCAGCACAACAGGAACAUGAUAUUUCUUUGUCAUUUUAUUGUUACAAGUGAUAAAAGGAAUAUUAAACGAUUGCAAUGAAAUAUU